UUGAUGACAUGCUAGUGUGUCUGAUGUCAAUGGGAUUCAGCUUUGAAGAUGGCCAAGAAGCAGUUCAGAAUGGUCAUCUUUCAGUGGAGAGUGCCGUGGAGUGGAUCCUGGCUGGAAAACCUGGUCAGACUGUGUCAGAUUCAGGACCCAGACUUCAAUUAAGACCAACAUCAGAACAACCAUCGAAUCCAUUUGUUAACCCCAUACAAACAGGACAACCCACCAUAUCAGUUAGCCAAAACAGACUUGUGGCAACAGACCAAUCAAAGUCCUCUAUUCAAAACUCUGAGGAAAGCAGCCAAUCAAAACCUAUCAAACCGCAGUCUGAGUCAGAGGAGAGCCAGUCUGAAACUGUCAUUAGUAGGCUCCAUUUGAGUGAGGACCAGAAGAGGGUGAGGGCUGAUUUUGAAGCCAAGCAAAGAAAGGAAGCCAGGGAGGAUGCAUGGAAAGAAAAACAGAGACGUAAAAGAGAUCAUGAGAGAGUGUUAAAGGAGAUAGCUGAAGACAGGGAGAAGAAGAAAAUGACAAGCCACCAAAGUAAGAUGGAGGCUGCAAAAACAGAACCAAAAGAGACACCAGCAACAUCAUCACCCUCAAAGCCUAUCCCCGACAGGUGCCAACUCCAGGGAUCCCCAUCUAAGCCUGCCUCUGACAGGUGCCAACUCCAGCUACGAUUGUUAGUGGGGGAUGUGGUCAAACAAACAUAUUCUGCUUCAGAACCCUUCCAGACUGUGUGGAACUUUGUCACCAAGAAAUGUGACUCAUCAGAAAUUGUGUUAAUACAGCCAUUUCCCCAUAAAGAGUUCACCAGUGCUGAUGUCAAGUCUUCCUUACUAGAUCUCCAGCUUAUCCCCUCUGCUUCUUUGAUGGUGAAGAGGAAAGACACCCAGAAACCUCCCCCAGAAAAAGGGGGAGGUACCUAUGAGAGUAAUCAAAUGGCUACAGGUUCAACUGCCAGUUUGUCAGGUCAAGGUGAAGGUCAAAGUGCAGCAGGUCAUAGUAAUAUAAGGUUCCAGGCACCAUGGAUUGUACCAAAUGCUGGAGCUGAGGAGGAAAGGCAAGAUGAGGAGGAGGAAAUGUUAGAAGAAAAUGAGGAUGCUGGUCAGGAUGAGGCGGAGGAUUACCCCUUUCAUCAAGGAAUGCCUCCGGGGUUUCCUGCAGGAUUCGGGGGACUAGGUGGUGGGGGUCUAGGUGGCUUACCAAUGCUACAAGGCAUGGGUUUAGGUGCAGGUGGAGGAAAUCAAGCCGCAUUUGAAGGGGUGGGGCAGCGAUUGGUUCCUGUGGGGUAUCCUGGGGCAGAGGAGGAGCAUCACAAUAUCCCAGCAGCUCGUCUAGCGGCUGAAAAAGCAAGAGAAAGAUAUGCAAAUCCACCACGUGUAGUUCCAAAUCAGCCAGAAGUUUCCGUGCCUUCAACUUUGACUUACGAUGUCAGUCAAUUGACACACUUAUGCAUGAACCAUAUUGCUCAACGCUUGACCCAACAUGACCCCAGACACCCUCUACUAUCAUUGUCAGGGGUUUCUGAAGAGGUCGCACAGAACAUUCUAUCUUACCUGCUGAAAGAAAAACUGCUUAAGCCAAGAGUCCUAAAUGCUUUUAUUCCAUGCUUUUUGAGAAAGAUGAUCCUGGACUGUUAUCCAUAUACAACCAACGAAUUACUUCAUGCUGUAAGAUAUCACUGCCAAUUACAGACACUUAGUUUAAAAUCAUGUCCAUUGAUCACGGAUGCAGGACUGCUAGAACUCAACACUUUAAAGAAACUGAAGCACUUGAACCUCAGUGGAUGUAAACAACUCACAGAUAAAUGUUUAGAAAUCAUCAAAGAUAUGCCUUGCCUAGUAUCCCUUAAUUUAGAUGGAACAGGAAUCACAGAGCCAGGAUUUAUAGGAAUUAUUCCCAGUCUCCCCUCAUGUCUACAGGUCCUCAACUUAAACAGAACCACUGUUACAGAGAAAAUAUUUGCUCAUUUAAAAGAAUUGGAAAAUUUAAAAGUUUUGUCAAUAGAACAUACCAAGGUCUGUGGACUGUCUGGUAUAGAUAAACUGAAGAAACUGGAGGCUCUAGAUGUGUCUCAGACAGAUAUUGUGACAGAGUCCUUACUGUGUCUUGGAGACGGCCUCACAUGCCUGGGGAUCUCUAGCACAGAGAGAGUAAAUGGAGAUCAGGCAUUACAAUACAUACAGAGAUUGGCUCUGAGAAGUUUGAAUUUACCAAGCCGAUUAACCACUACAGACACAGGAAUACAGUUUAUUAGUAAUAUGCCCUUAACAGAAUUGGACCUGACUAAUUAUAUCAAUGUGGGAGAUGAAGGAAUGAUUCAUGUGGGCAAGAUUAAAACAUUAAAGAAACUCCUUCUCAGCAACACUAAGGUUACUGACAUUGGAAUGGUCCAUUUAAAAAAUUUGAAAGAAUUGCAGAUACUGUACUUGGACAGAACUCUAGUUUCCAAUGAGUGUUCAGAAGUUAUAAAAUGUUUUCAAGGUCUUGUAGAACUGAGCCUCUCCAGCACAGGCAUAACCAGCAGAUUUUUGUGUAAUGGUGCUCUGACUGAAUGUCAUGACUUGAGUAAACUCAAUCUUUGUAGAACAUCAGUAUCAAAUAAAGGUGUUUCCUGCUUGAAAUCAGAGACACUGUCCUUAAUCAACUUAGAUGGAACACGAGUCAAACCAAACAUUGUAGAAAUUCUCCAUCUCCAGUGUCCUAAUAUCAAAAGAGUGACUGUUGCAAACAUUAAUCCAGCUAAUUCUGAUGAAGAAGAUUAAAAUGACACCAGCUGUUGAAAAUAUUCAGAUGGUUUUGACAUUUUAAAGGACUCAGCUGUGUCGCUAUAAAAAUUUAAAAAAAAAUACAGCAAAACUAUUUUAAAAUUAUAAUGAAAAAAAUUUCAAACUUAUUUUUUUCGGUAUCUGCAUGUAUGUUACAAGUAAUUAGUGCAUUUUUGCUGUAAAAAAAGAGGUACCUCUUCAAUGAAUGAUUGGUAAUAUUUCCCUUGUUAAUUACACCAAUGGUUAAGUAUUGUGAGAAUAUGAUGGAUUUUAAAAUUACCGUUAUUUAUUGUAAAAGUUGAAAUGUUGAAUGUAAACGUUUUUGAAAAUUUUCUGUUUUAUUACCAAUAUCUGUUGUAGUCUUUUUCUACAUUAUUAUAUUAUUAAAAACAUUC